GCUAAAACAGAGAAAGCACAGACACAGGAGACAAGAGGCUGAAGAGAGUCACCAUCAGCAUCCAAAGCAGCUCCCAAGUGUUGGUGAAACUACCAGAGGGAGACUGUUAAAUCAUGAAGCUCAUUGCCAUCCUUCUCCUUUGCUCCAGACUGCUACCGAGUUUAACCCAGAAGUACCACUGGGAAGAAAUCGACUGCAAUGAUGAGGAUGUAUUUAAGGCUGUGGACUCAGCUCUGAAGGAAUAUAACAGUGGAAGCAAAAGUGGCAACCAGUUUGUGUUAUACCGCGUAACCGAAGUCAACAAGACGGAUGACCAGGAAACAUUCUAUUCCAUCAAGUACCAGAUCAAGGAGGGAGACUGUCCUGUUCAAAGUGACAAAACGUGGCAGGACUGUGACUACAAAGAAGCCAAGCAGGCUGCCACAGGAGAAUGCACUGCAAUUGUGGGGGAAAGAGCAAAUAAUCUGUCUGUGGCUACCCAGACCUGCCAGAUCACUCCAGCCAAGGGCCCUGUGGUGACAUCCCAGUAUGACUGCCUUGGCUGUGUGCACCCCCUCUCAACUGCCAGCCCGGGCUUGGAACCUGUCCUGAGACACGCCAUUCAACAUUAUAACAACCACUCUCACCAUUCCCACCUCUUUGCCCUGAAAGAAGUAAAACGGGCCCACAGACAGGUGGUGGCUGGAUGGAAGUAUGAAGUUACUUACUCAAUUAAGCAAACUAAUUGUUCUAAGGAGAAUUUUCUAUUCUUAACUCCAGACUGCAAGUUCCUUCUGAAUGGGGAUACUGCUGAAUGUACAGAUCAUGCAUACAUGGAUCUUCAGCUAAGAAUUUCUUCCUUCUCACAGAAGUGCAAUCUUCAUUCAGGGGAGGAUUCUGAAGUACGCUGCCUGGGCUGCCCCAGUAAGAUCCCUGUUGACAGCCCACAACUGCAGGGGCCUCUGAAACAUUCCAUCACAAAGCUUAAUGCAGAGAAUAAUGGAAAUUUCUAUUUCAAGAUUGACACUGUGAAGAAAGCAACAGCACAGGUGGUGGCUGGAAUGAAAUAUUCUAUUGAGUUCACCGCCAAGGAAACCACAUGUUCCAAGGAGAGUAAUAAAGAGCUGACUGAAGAUUGUGAGAUCAAUUUACUUGGAGAAAUUCUAAGCUGCACUGCUAAGGUUUAUGAGGUACUAUGGUUGAACAAAACUGAAUCUACUAUCAAGUGCCGACCACUACAAAAGACCUUCGUGGUGGGAAGACCUCCAGGUUUUUCACCUUUUCGAUCAGUACUACAAGCGGACCAAACAAAGGAAGUAACAACUAACCAACUCAGUCAUUGCGAGUACAAGGGCCGACCUCAUGAGGCAGAGCCAACAUCUCCGAGUGAGGUCUCCUGACCAGUGGGCAGAAUGUCCAUGCCUGGCACAAUAGCCCCAACAACCAACCUGUCAGCAGCCUUGCAUGGAAAGAUAAGAAAGUGGGAGAGAAUGCAGUUGAGAAGAAUGCCACUUUAUCAUUCUGUUUCUGGAUGAAAUAAAGUUUGAUCUUGAUGUUCUGA